CUUGAGCAGCACACUGGACACUGUUGUGACGGCGAAACGCAGUCUAUGGGUGAACGGCAGCUCUGACAGCAUCGAAACAGUUAAUGGUAGUUAGCGACAGUUGCUUUGACAAACCCUUGGUGGAGUAACAAGUGUUUACUGUUCGGAAGUUUACUUUUAGUUACCGGGAGAUAGUUUCCAAUGUAAGACUCUGUUCAGUGAUUCAGACUUAUUUCGAAAUAAGUUUAAAAUUAAGUUUAACGUCUUUUAAAGAAGUUUUAUAGCUCCGCUUUGAGAGCUACAGCGCCAUUAAAAAUGCGUUAAAGUCGAACCUUCAGAGUCGAUCAGCAGGAUGUCAGAGUCAGCCGAGCAGAGCCAUCACCUGAAAACUUCAGGCAGCCCAUCAGGUGGGAGCAGCGGAGACCUUUUGGAGCAUCUCCCAACCAGCAACCGUGGAGGACCGGAGAACGGCGAUAGGGGGCGCCAGAGAGACAAGCAGCAGCAGCAGGCGGAGAACUGUGAAAGGGAUAUCAACACAGACAAGUUAUGGCAAAUGAAAGGCGGACAGAGGGAGGUGUGCCCUGCCUUAGCAGCCGGAAACGAGCUUCCAAAGUGCCCGAUCGCAGCUCAGCCUCACAAGAAACCUGAUGGAUAUCCAGCAGGCGGGGAGAACCACCGCGCACACGGGAACGGAGAGGACAGACCCCUGCAGGAGAGCCUGAGUGAGGUCCAGGAGGACAGUUUGCACAUCGACUCAGACACGGGCUUAGACGCGCGUCUGGGGAAGAAGAGACACAGGCGUCGGACCUCCAGGAAGAAGCGCCACUGGAAGCCUUACUUCAAACUUUCCUGGGAGGAAAAGAAAGCCCUGGAGGAGAGGGAGACGGCCAGAGCCUCCCGGAUGAGAGAGGAGAUGUUCGCCAAAGGGCUCCCGGUGGCCCCCUACAACACCACCCAGUUCCUGAUGGACGAGCACGACCGAGAGGAGCCGGAUCUGAACACCGAGUCCAGGCGGCAGUCGGUGGUCGGCGGCCGGCUGGAGGACACGGGCAGUGAGGAGGACCUGUUCGAAAACGACGAGGAGGACGACGACGACGGCAGCGGAGAAGGCAGCGACGGCAUCGGGAGGCCCGGGAACGCAGGUGGAGAGUUUCUCCAGAGAGACUUUUCCGAGACCUACGAGAUGUACCACGUCGAGAGCCUGCAGAACAUGACCAAGCAGGAGCUGGUGCAGGAGUACCUGGAGCUGGAGAAGUGCAUGUCCCGCCUGGAGGAGGAGAACAACCAGCUGAGACGCGCCAUGGAGCCCGGGGGUCCGACCGUGGAGAGCUCCCUGGCCCGGCUCCGAGAGCUGGAGAGGGAACUGGAGAGACUGAGGGCCCAGAACUCGGAGCUCCUCCUGCAGAACCAGCCGAGCGAAGACAGGGGCCAAGUCGUUACCAACUAAAGGACACACGUCACGUGGGGAAAGCCCACUUUGAGAAAGGUAAAACAAAUAUGGGACUACUGCAUUUUUAAAAUAAGUCGUCAUCAUGUUCUCUGUAAUCAGUUUGUCAUCUGGACAUUGAAGUCUUGCAUUGCAAUGCAAUAUUUGACGUUUCUUUUCUAUUUGGACUGCAAAGGUGUCCUGUUAAUUUUUUUCCAGAAGAAAUGUACAUAUUUCAAAAAUCAGAUUCUUUUUUUAUAAAGAGAAUGUAUUUGACAAUACGACGAGGCUAUUUUGUUUGUUUCCUUGGUCAACUUCGUAGGUAUAUUGACAUGCACUGUUUCAUUUUGAACAAAACAAAACAAUGUAUGUUGUAUUUUUUCCCCCGCAAAACUGAAUUCUACAUUUCAUCAAAUUGGUUCACCUUGCAACUGUUUUGCAGAAAGGAAAUUUCAUAGUGAACAUUUUAACAGUUGUGUGUUAACAUAAGUUCAAAUAAAAUUUUGAAAUUCUGUUGAAA